CGAGAACUCGGGGUGAGUGGAAGUUGUUCAAUGAAUGGGCGGAAAGCGCAGUUGGCUACGCUCCGCCGCGCGCGCGAACGCUUGAGGCUUCGCCGCAGUCCUCAACAAGUGAAGGAAUAUAUUUCCCUUGCAAGUUCGUCCCGCGCAAAAUGUGUCGUGAAAAUUGAGUGGGUGCUGCUCUAUUGCAGGUGCAGUGAUUAGCGAUAAACGCAAAUCAGCCGGAUGUCGGAGGAGCAUGUGUCGAGUGAUAAGUGAUAGUGGGAUGCGAUGAUAGUGUGACCAUGCCGGGUGCCAGUUGAUGGUGAGGCGGUUACCGCUACCAGGACGAUGGUGGCCAGGGGGAGAUGUCGGGUGCUCUCAAUUAUUUUCAGCACACUGCUCUUGGGCAGAGCGAUAGCAGUUCGAGGCCACACGGAGGUGAAGGUGGAGCUCCAGAUGGAGCGCUGGGCCGCCAGGGGAGGCUCUGUGCGGCUGCGGUGCGUGCACGACGUGCCACCUCACCUGCUCGACAAGGUCGUGUUCCUCCGCCAAGGCACAAAGAUCUUCCAGUACAUCAGAGAUAGAAAACCGCCUUAUAGAAACUUCACUACGCCUGGUGCUGUAUUAAACAUCGCCUUAGCAACGGAGAACUCGAUCAUCCUCCAAAACCUGGACUUCGCCGCCAGCGGCAGCUAUUCCUGCGAGGUUUCUCUGGACACACCCAUUUACACUAAAGCGUCCAUUGAGAGGCAACUUACUGUAUUUCAUCCCCAGAAGCAUCAUCCAAGAAUUGACUUCCCGACGAGGUACCUCAGCUUCGGAGAUACGCUCCGUGCGAACUGCACCACCGCGCCAGCGUUGCCUGCCCCUCAUAUCACUUGGUUCAUUAACGGCAAGAAGAUGAACGAGCUAGUAGCUCACUCGCAUAAAGUGCGCGUGCCCAGCGAACGCAGCGGGCGGCGAGGGCUCCUGCGGAUGGGAGGCCACGAGGACGGCACUAGCGCGUCGCCCCUGCUCGCCCUCACUCACGUCUCUCAUAUCGCUACCAAAGGACCUGGGUGUAGUCUCAAGGAUCAGAUGUCAGAAAUGAAGCAUCACGAAGGGCCCAAUAUAAUCCACACAGUCAGCCGACACAAGAGCAGACGGCCGAGCCGCGGCCGGGACUUGUACGUGACAGUCUCUGAACUGCAGCUGGUGGCCACCGGGAGACUGGAGGUGACCUGCGUCAGCACCAUCCCCGAGUUCCGGAGUAUUGAUGAUAAGUUUGCAGAUGUCAGAAAUGAUACUGUUAUUGUGGACGUGAUCCGGCCAUCCCCCAACCCCCUGCCCUCCGCAAAUCUCACAAUGCCAGAAUCCAGCGCAUCUCUAGGAGUUACGUUAAUAAUAUGCAAACUACUAAUACUCAUUCUCACUAGUACCUUGCUCAACGUGGCUUGAGGAAAGGUAAUCUUAGUUCUAAUUUUGUAAGCUGUGAUAAAAUGUAAAUUCACUAAGGUUAAUAAGAUGCUUGUAGAUGGUACAAUUGUUAUUGGCGUUAUUGAGUCUGCUGAGUAGAUUGAUGCGUACGUUGGAAAUUUGGCGAUCGAAAUAGCGCAGCUCAAAGUUAAAAAAAAAACUUACCUUUUAAAGUUUAUAACACAUUCGAACUUACGUUGAUAUUAAUAUUUGCAGGUUGCGCGAUAUAUUUUAAAUUUAAUUAAAAUUUUAAAUACAUUACAGCCUAUUCACCUUGUUACAUGUUUUUUAUAAUAAAUAUUGAAUAGGUACCUAUACUUAGAUGUAUUGAAUGACCUACUUAUUUGUAAUUAAAUUAAUGUCAAAUUUUUAUUUUAUUUAAAAAAUGAAUGAAGUAGUUGAUUUUGAUUGGUAUUUUAAAGAUAAUUAAAAUUAUGUCUAGCAAAUUUAUAACUAACUGUGGUUGAAUUUGUCAGGCUUAACAACUAUCUACCUACCUACACAUUUAUAAUAGACAAAAACGCAGCAUGACCUAAUUUGUAUACCUACCUACCAAUUUUACAUUAUUUUGGAAAUCAUUUGAUAAUACAACGCACAUAUAUAAAUGUGUAUUUUAAUAAACCUAAGUAAUAUGUACCCAGUAAGUAGGUACUUUUUUAAAUCUCGCCGGUACGUAUAUGACUUUUUAUAAGUUACUGAUUACGCUCCCAAUUUCGCCAGUAUUUUAGUAGGUAGGUAUUUACUUACACAGGAAAACAAAGGAUAUUGCAUGUAAUGUCACACCACUGUUACAAAUUAAAUAUUAAUAUAAAUUGUAUAAUUACCUAAACAAAAGAAAGCUUUGAGUUUACUGUAAUUUAAGCGAUGUUAUUUAAUGCUUAACAAAAUCGCCAUUGUUGUGCCUAGAUCUUUAUAAAUUCGCCAAAGUAACGAAACAUAUCAUUGCUCCACCAUGGAGGCCCUUAUGUAUCCUUAAGUUAGCUAGUAAGUAACAUACCUAAUUAAAUUAUUCUUAAAAUUUAUCUAUUGCUAAUUACAUAAAUCGGGCAAAGCUAUUCCAUUAUUUACUAUUUCGACUUUUUAGAUAUAUCUACCUAGUACAUAGGUGUAAAUAGUAGAGAGAAAGACAAACGAAGGGAAUUAAUAAUGGUCACCGUCCUAUUGUGUCUCGUUUAGGUCUUCCUAUAGAUCUUUUUUUCCCUCUAUCCACUGCACUGGUCAAUUGUGAAAUAAAAUGGAGUUGAACCAAUAAAGGUACUCAUCCCCGCAAUUACUUCUAUGGUCUAACUCGAGCAGGGUGGGUUUACGCCCAGAUAAACCACUAAGCGGCGUAAACGCAUCUAUCAGAGGGGUUAGUGCGGGUUUCCAUUUCACUAACAACUAUCCAAUCACAUUGCGCCAUUGUGACGCAACAACAACCACACCGUAACCAUAAAAGUUUAAAUUUACUCGGAUACCCUUCGUCUUCGGUUACGCAACGGUGUACGACAAGAUGUGGGUAUAGGUACAUAUAUUUUGUAAAUGUCGAAACAAACACAGAACAACAAUUUAGGAGAUUCCUCACACUGGAGCCCUGACCACCGGUAAAUGGGGUUUGACCCCGCCACCCUUAUUAUUUUUAAAUAAAUUUAUUUUAAUGUGUAGAUUUGAUUUUUUUUAUUUAAAAAUCUAGCAAGCGAGAAAAGAAAUAAAUAAAAGAAACUACAAAUUAAGCCCCAAACUAAGUUUUGUCCUUUUCCAUAAAUAAGUUUAUGGCCUUUACUAUUUCCCAUUAGAUGUAGGUACUAAAAUAAGAAAACAUUCUUAUUUAUCUUCAUACAAGUCGUAUCUCAACUUAGAUCUAAUAUUUGGGAUCAAUAUAACGUUUUAGAUAAGUAUUCAUAAGUAGUGCUUAUUUACUUAUUGAACCUUUUGUUUUAUUUAACAUCGAGGCGGUGGCGUCAACUUUGGCGCUGAUACAAAAAUUACUAGUUCUUUCUAACACUAAAAUCUACCCACGAUUGUAUUGUGUUAGUGUUCGUAACACGAUUACGAUUACACGAUCGUGAACGGUACUUGUUCAAAAACAUGGUAAGUACCUAUUACAUUUAGUUAAGACUUCCCUUACAAUAUAGUACUUUGCGAUGUCCUUAUUCCUACGUUGUCUACAGGGCUGAACAGUAAACAAUGUUAGAUCAUAGUGUUAUAUAGAUACAAAGACUUGUUAUGAAUAAAUUUAAUGGUCAAUGGAUGCAUAAUGUAAUACAUACACAUUAUACGUACGACAUUUAUUUUCUUUUGUAAUACUCGUAUCACAAUCGCAGGUGUCACUUAUGAUUUGUGCAUUACCGGAGGCCAACUAAGGACUAGAUAUCUAUUUUUAAAUGUCUUUAGUUUUAUUUUUCAUUUAUGCAUUUUAUCGAAUUAAUGAGAAAAUAUAGUAAUGAUAUGAAAAAAAAACUGGAGUUUCUUUUUUUUGUAAAUAGGUAUGCUUAUUUUGGC